AUGUCCACCAUUGCAAGCAGCAGUACUCUGAGGCGUGAUACUACUCCAAUUUCUGCCAUGUUUGUCAUGAUUUCAGCGGCACAGGACCAUGAAAAAUCGGCUGGCAUUCGAACGGUCGACAAAGAGUUUUCCUUUCCAGCCACAGGAAAGAGUGGGGGUGUCUUUACGUCGGCUCUCUUGCAAGUCUUGAAUGAAAUUUCCAAACCUACCGCAAGGGAAGAAACGAUAUCCUGGAUGCAAUUCAUGGAACGUCUACGAACCAUCAUCCAUGAAAAAGGAUUCAAAAACCAAGUGCCUCAGCUCACCUGCUCGGUUGAAAUGAAUGUCCACGAACCCUUUACGAUCUUUCCAAAGUUUGAUGAUACUACAAAAGGAGACAACAAAAAGAAGAAGAAUAAACAACAACGGCGGCAACGAGCCAUUUUGAUUGCCAUCAAUUAUGUGGAUCAACCGCCUGCUUGGCGUUUGACGGGUUGUCACAAUGAUUUGAAAAAUGUCAAGAGCUAUCUCACGGAACAUCACGGCUUUGAUGAACGAGACAUGGCAAUUCUCAUGGAUGACGGAAAACAUGCUCCUCCGACCAAAGCCAAUAUAUUAAUGGCCUUUGAAUUGAUGACAAUGCACAGUGAUCCAGGGGACGUAGUGUUCUUGCAUUACUCGGGGCAUGGGCAACAAUAUGAGGACAAGGAUGGUGACGAAAUCGAUGGCAAGGAUGAAUCCAUGCUACCAUGUGAUUUCACCAAAAAUGGUCCCCUUCUGGAUGAUCAUGUCUAUGAAAAGCUUGUUCUGCCAAUGAAAAAGGGUGUCCAUGUGGUAUCGUUGGUGGAUUCUUGCCAUAGUGGAACGGUAUUGGAUCUACCCUUUGUCAUUCAAGUGGGAGAAAAACACAUGAGACGGAGUACCCGCAAACUAUUACGAGGUUUGACCAAAGAAGAACAGGAAGCUGAUGAUGAUUUUGACUCCAAGCUCCUGACGGAUCGCCAAGUGGAAAUGCGCAAGCUGUCCGCGUUGCCCUUCCGAGAAAGCUUUUCCGCUUCCACGAGACAGUUAUCCGAUUCCAAGGCAGAUCCCACAGUUGAUCAUAUUGCUUCUCUUCUAGUUUUACAUUCGGACACCAAUAUAUGGUCCAGCUGA